CUCCAUCGGCUCGAGAGCUCACCGUCGGUUCCUUGUUUUGAUCGGGCAGAUUUAUUGCACACGCUCCAAAGCGUCGGCCCUGUCCUGAGGGAAUGUGCCUAUGAGUUUCACUUGCUUUACAAGUUGCAUCUGGAGGAUGUCACUGCCGGACUGCUGAGUGAAUUCGCGACCCGAGUGGAAGAAUACUUUGACAGCCAAGCACAUAUACGUGCCCGCCUCCUGUCGAGGCUCGAUCCGCUCUACCCGUCUCCAAGCAUCGACAUUGACUUUGGGCCGGUGCCUGCGUAUGAUUCCUGUACGUCGCCGCUAAAGGUCGAGGUCCCGAUGGCAGAGAACAAGCUCAAGCGGUUUCUCGAUUUUGUGUACACUCAAGGCUUUGGUGGAGAAAAGGACGCCGCCGCCAACAAAUUCAAGGUCUGAAACAGGCACCCCUGAAUGCAUCAUGGGUCAGAAGAGAGGCGGUGUGUCUGGUGGUGAAGUCCGCACACGGUGGCCCUGAUGGUCGCUUUCCAUUUCGCCCUUGACCGUGCUUAUUCAACGACCGAUAACCCUGUGUUUCAUUUCUCGUUUGCUGGCGAUAUACAUUCGGCCAAUGUCGGACUGCUCUUGGUUUUCCUGAACGCUCUUCAAAUGACGAUGCAUUCGUUUUCGGGGCUCUCGCAUCUGACACGGCAUGAACAACAGUCGACACUAUUGGUCGAGCUGGCUCUUCAAGCGAGUCGCUUCCGGGAACAAACACAAGCGGCGCUGACCGAGAAGACUACUCAGAUCUAUUCCGGGUUUGAUCUGGUAACAAAGGCGCGGAUCUCAAAGUCGAUCUCGGUGGUCGACUUUGAUCUCAUUUUGCAAAGACUCGCGUUCAUCAUCGAAAGAAUCUGGUCGUCGCUGGUCGAGGAGCCACAGUUCGAGCAAGUAGAGAAGCACGUUUUGGGCCAGUGCCCUAUCGAAGAAGAUCGCAGCCAGAUUCGGUCCAUCGUGGGGGACAUUCUCCUCGACUACGCCAUGGAAGACGCAAAGGACACCAAUAGCGAAUUGGGCGGCGAAGCGAGGCCAGGCAAUGUCGAAGCCAGCCAAAAUAUCUCAUCUGUGCCGAGCGACUCGAUCUCCAACAUCUCGUUUGCAUCCAUCAAGUUCAGCACUCUCGGGAGCAUCCGUUUCUCGAGCAACAUCCGCUCGCAAGACACGAUGAGCACCCAGCCCAAAUCCAGCAGCACCUCAAAUGGCACACUAGCCACGCUUGCCGGCCACUCGAUGCUUCCGAACCAGCCCGAUAGCUUCAAGCCCGAAAAAGGCACGAGCGUACGAGGCAGCAGAAGCAACAUCAGAGGAAUAUCUGCUGCGACCGAGCGCGACCAAGCAAGUCCGAGGGGAGCACGAGAUGGCAUGCCCCCCACCAAGACGGCCGAGCAAAGUACCAACCCACCGAGCUCCUUGGACAGCAAGCCGCCAAGGGAAGCUGGUGAGCGAGUUCUUCUUGACAGUGUCUCCGAGAUCGACGAGCCCAUUGGCUUGAGCUCCUUGAAGCAGCAGGGUCGCUCACAAAGGCCGAGCGCCGACUCGGGGCUAUAUCCCUCAAAGAACAAGCAACCGGCACCCGUGCGAAGAAGGAGCUCGAGCUCAUCUGGCGAUAACAAUAGCAGAAGCGACGAAAGCAUACUCAUCGAGGAAAAUGAAGAAACGGGCGAUGAAAGCGCAGACACCGGGCAAGAAGAAGUGAGGGAGGAGCAUUUGGACGAAAGUAACGACGGAAGCGGAUAUGAAGAUGGGAGCAACGAGCAUAUCGACGGCGAUAGCGAUGGCGAUGGCAAUGGCGAUGACGAUGACUAUAGCGAUGAUGACGAUGACUAUAGCAACGAGGACAAUGACGACAACGACGACCACGAUGAUGAAUAUGCUCAAGUCGGAAGCGGGUCAGAGAUAGAAGGCGAUGAAGCUUCGUAUGUGUCCGAGUGGGACGACGAAUCGCAGAGCAACGACGAAUCGCAGAGCAACGACGGAUCGCAAGAGCAGUCCUCCUCCGAACUCGCCGAUGAAGAUGCGUCCGAGACGAAUGGCUCGCGCCAUCAAAUCAAGAACAGCCAGAGUACUGCUCUGACCAAAGCCUCGAGAUCCAAAGACCGAGUCGACACAGACGAUCACACCGCCGCCUCGGAUAAAUACGACACCGACUCAGACGAAGACAGCGGCGAAGAUCCCGAAAGGGCCGCGGACGAGCUCCUUUACGAGCACGACAGUGAUGAUGGAACCUUGGAGCACAUCGCAGACAGCGGCUCGGAAGAUGGCCGCCACGAGCAUUCGGUGAGCGAUGCCUACAGUGACGAUUACGAGCUACCAUGGGACGACGAGGUACUCGCUUCCGAGUCGACCGACCUGUUUGUGUCCGAAGAUAGCGCUCUUCCCGAGAGCAUGGAAGAAUCAGUGGACAGCCUGGCAGGGUCGAAGUGAUUGCGGAUGAGCCGGGUCUCGCUCGAAAUACAGCGGUUAUGGAUGAUCGAUGCUGUCGAAGCAACAGACCACGGUGCAGGCUGGUGACGGCAAGAGCGACGCACGCUGCUGCUGCUGCUGCUGCUGCUGCUGCUGCAAGGGCCAGGCAGCCAUCGAAUAUCAGGGUGUCGCCGACUGAUGCGAAACCGCUGUUGGCGACAUGUGCGGGGGGGGGUGAAUACUAUGCGAGUAACCAAUGG